AUGGCCAGUCAGAGUCACACCACAAGUUGCGUGAGUGUUCCCGAACUUCUCCGCAACCACUCUCAUCUACCUCAAAAUCGGGGACCCGUUGAUAUUCAGGGUUCCUUUUUCGUCCAUGUGAAAACUCUUCACGGCCAAAAGCGGAUCGGCGGAAUCGGUCGAAAGAUUGAAGGAAGCAAUACGCCUCGUCCAUCAACCACCAAAGGAAUAGAUUUACGAUCAGGCGAUGCAUCGAUGCCCAGACCGACAAGCAUCACGACUCAUCACUCACAUACUGAUGACACGGAAAUGACAGCCUGCUUCGCUCCCGUCUAG